GACAUGGGUGGUGUUCAUGGAGGUUGAAGAAGGAGGAGGAUGCACGAGAGAGAAGGGGGGGGGGGAGAGAUUUAGAUUUUUAACAAUUACUUAACUUUAUUUUUUUUUUUAGGGGUCUAUCAUAGUCUUUAUUUUUUUCUUGCAUACCAAGUGUGCUUUUGAAAUUCAUUUCCAUUACUUUUCCUAUUCUCGUUCUCAUUCCAUUCUAAUUCCUCCAAGGAGUCUUUUGUUUCGGGCAAUUAGAUUUUAUAUUUCCAUUUUAUUUUCCUUCUGGGGUUUCUUUUUGGCUCCAAGAAAUAGUGGGCACCUUUCCUUUUUGAUUAUGUGCAUCUUCCUUGUUAUCUGUACAAAACAAUGCGUCUCAAAAUCAAAUUCUUCUAUCUUAUUUCCCUUCCUAACCAACCCAUCCUUGCAAUAUGUGUGUGUGUUACUUUUCUGUGAUUGAAUCCCUUCCUAAUUCUUUGAUAGAACACAAUGGCAUCAUGUAAUUUAUGUAGUUGACUCUAUCAAGUGGGAUAAGGCUUCUUGUUGUUUUGUGAUUGAAUCUAAUUCUGUCUUGUGAUUUGGCCAGAUCAAAGAAUUAGUGCGGGAUUUUUUGGGUGGGGGGCUGAGUUUUAAAAUGUUGAUUUUUGUUUGAGUAUUCUUGUUUUGUUUCAAUGAAAUUCAUGUUAUGGUUUUUGUAGUUUCUAGGGUUUUGUAAUGUGUGAAUUUCUGGAAUUUUUUUCAAGGUAUUUGAAGGUAAUUGAAGAUGUUAGAGCAGUUACUCAUAUUUACAAGAGGAGGAUUGAUCCUCUGGACUUAUAAAGAGCUUGGGAAUGCUCUUAAAGGAUCACCAAUUGAUACCUUGAUCCGAUCUUGUCUUUUGGAGGAACGAUCUGGUGCUGCAUCAUAUAAUUAUGAUGCUCCAGGUGCAGCUUAUACCCUCAAAUGGACCUUCCAUAAUGAGCUUGGGCUCGUGUUUGUGGCUGUUUAUCAAAGGAUCCUUCAUCUGUUGUAUGUGGAAGAUCUUCUAGCUAUGGUGAAGCAUGGGUUUUCAGGGAUUUAUGAUUCAAAAAGGACAGAGUAUCAUGAUUUUGAUGAAACUUUCAGACAGUUAAAAAUGGAAGCUGAGGCUCGGGCUGAGGAUUUGAAGAAAUCAAAUCACAUUGGCAGGGCUUUACUUAACAGCAAGAAGCAAGGUCAGGGACGGAAGAAUGGGCCUGAAGGAGGAAAUAACAAAAAGAGUGAAGGUGCUUUGAAAAGUGAUAAUGGAGAUGGUGAUAAUAACAAAGGCCAUAAGAUGGAGAAUGAGAACUCCAAUGACCAUAUUGUUGCUAGUAAAGAAUCUAACUUGGAUAGCAGUACUAAUGGUAAGGAGAAUGCAUGCUCUAAUCUGGGAGCUUUUGAUGUAAAUAGGCUUCAGAAGCUUAGGGUGAAAGGAGGAAAGAAGACAGAUACUGUUACCAAAGCCUCAAAGGUAGAGCCAAAGAAAAAAAUGACGAAGAAAAAUAGAGUGUGGGACGAAUCACCUCCUGAAACAAAACUGGACUUCACUGAUCAUGUGGGUGAGAAUGGGGAAAGUAACAUAGAUGUUGUGGCUGCUGAUCAAGGUGAAAGUAUGAUGGACAAAGAAGAGAUUCUUAGUAGUGAAAGUGAGGAAGAAGAUGGUGACGUGGAGAUGAACAGCAAACCUGAUGCUAAAAAGAAGGGUUGGUUUUCAUCCAUGUUCCAGAGUAUUGCGGGAAAGGCUAACUUGGAGAAGUCAGACCUGGAACCAGCUUUGAAAGCUCUGAAGGAUAGGCUCAUGACCAAGAAUGUGGCUGAGGAGAUAGCUGAGAAACUAUGUGAAUCAGUGGCAGCAAGUCUUGAAGGCAAAAAGCUAGCUUCCUUUACAAGGAUAUCUUCAACAGUGCAUGCUGCAAUGGAAGAAGCACUUGUUCGAAUUUUGACUCCUAAGUGCUCUAUUGACAUACUAAGGGAUGUGCAUGCUGCCAAGGAGCAAAGGAAACCAUAUGUUGUUGUAUUUGUUGGUGUUAAUGGAGUAGGAAAAUCCACUAAUCUAGCCAAGGUUGCUUACUGGCUUCUGCAGCAUAACAUUAGUGUUGUGAUGGCUGCUUGUGACACAUUUCGAUCUGGUGCUGUUGAGCAGCUGCGGACUCAUGCACGUAGACUUCAGAUCCCUAUAUUUGAGAAGGGCUAUGAGAAAGAUCCUGCCAUUGUGGCUAAAGAAGCGAUUCAGGAAGCUUCUCGCAAUGGCUCAGAUGUGGUUCUUGUUGAUACUGCUGGUCGCAUGCAGGAUAACGAACCACUGAUGAGAGCAUUGUCAAAGCUUAUAUACUUGAACAAUCCAGACUUGGUCUUAUUUGUUGGAGAAGCUUUGGUUGGAAAUGACGCAGUUGAUCAGCUUUCAAAGUUCAAUCAGAAAUUAGCUGACCUCUCAACAGCUGCUAAUCCCAGAUUAAUUGAUGGGAUUUUGCUCACUAAGUUUGACACCAUUGAUGACAAGGUGGGAGCUGCACUUUCAAUGGUUUACAUAUCAGGAGCUCCAGUGAUGUUUGUUGGCUGCGGACAGUCCUACACCGACCUCAAGAAACUCAAUGUCAAAUCAAUAGUGAAAACUCUCCUCAAAUGAUGAUGCGGGUUUGGAUUUUGUUUGGAAUAAUGUUCAUCGGUCAUGAAUGUUUCUGUAUUUGUUCCUCUACUCAUAUUUAUCCCCUGUCCGUCCCCCACUUAUGGGCAAAUUGUGGCUGUGACCGUGGAGGCUAUCUGGUUUGUUUAUUUAAAUUAUUGUAAAAGUC